AUGUUCGGAGAAGACCCAGCCACGCGCACUCUGGAGAUGGCACAGACGCUGCACACGGGUGAAAGUGCCGUGUGGCGUGUUGUCCGUGAACACCAGCUCCAGGUGGGCUGGCGCCUCACGACGCAGUGGGUGGCGGGCGACGCGGCGUGCAAGGUGUUCCUGCUGCUGCGCGCCUUCGGCCUGUACCUGUCCAGCAACGUGCUCGUCUGCGUCUCGCUGGACCGAUACUUCGCCGUGCUGCACCCGCUCAAGGUGAACGACGCGCGCCGCCGGGGGAAGGUCAUGCUGGUGUUCGCCUGGCUCAUCGCCUUCGCCUGCUCCGUGCCGCAGGUUCGCGUGCGCGCCGUACAAUAG